AUGCAGCAACCAGAAGGAUUUGUAGAAGAAGAUAGUAAGCAGUUAGUGUGCAAAUUGAAGAAAUCAAUCUAUGGUUUGAAACAUGCCUCAAGGCAGUGGUAUUUGAAGUUUCAUAAGAUAAUUACAUCAUUUGGCUUUGUUGAGAAUAGGUUGGAUGAGUGCAUAUACUUGAAGAAUAGUGGGAGUAGAUUUAUCUUUCUUGUUCUCUAUGUAGAUGAUAUUCUCCUUGCUAGCAGUGAUGAGAGCCUCUUAUAUGAAACAAAGAAUUUUCUAUCCAUGAAUUUCGAAAUGAAGGAUCAUAGAGAAGCUUCCUAUGUCCUAGGUUUUGAGAUUCAUAGAGAUAGAGCACGAGGGCUGUUAGGUUUAUCGCAGAAAGCUUACAUAGAAAAGGUGUUGAAAAGGUUCAAUAUGCAGCAAAUUAAUGGAGCAAAAGUGCCAAUUUCAAAAGGAGAUAAGCUGAGUCAAGAAGAUUGUCCAAAGAAUGAUUUUGAGAAGGAAGAAAUGAGAGACAAGCCAUAUGCUUCAAUUGUAGGAAGUAUCAUGUAUGCACAAGUGUGUACACGACCAGAUUUAGCUUUUUCAAUCAAUGUUUUGGGAAGAUACCAAGCUAAUCCAUGUUUAAUUCAUUGGAAGGCUACCAAGAAGGUUCUCAGAUACAUGCAAAGGACUAAAGACCACAUGUUGUUUUUUAGGAGGACAGAUGAAUUAGAAUUAGUUGGCUAUUGUGAUGCAGAUUUUGCAGGAUGUGUAGACACAGCUAGACCAACUUCUAGUUUUGUUUUUAUGAUGGGAGGUGGAGCUGUUGCUUGGAAGAGUGUGAAGUAG